AUGAUUCAUAAUAUUUAACAACCAAAGACAGCUCAAAAAUAAAAGAAACCUUCUAAAGUAGUAUCAACACACCCAGAAAUUCAACCAAAUAAGACUCUUGAUGAAUUAAGAAAUAAGGAAUGGAAUGUAGCAAUCUAGAAGGAAAUCGAUCAAUUUGAAUAGGCUAUCGUAUUUAAUUUUUCUAUAUAAUUAGCAUUAAGUAGAAUCUCUAUUCAAAGAAGCAUCGAUAUCUUAACAUUUAGUAAGUUUGGGAACUUUUAAAUUGGUUCAAGAUGAAUAUGAAUUUGCAGCAUUGAAAUUACAAAAGUUGAGAGAGAUGCUUACAAAAUAUUCUGAUGAGCAUUCCAAAUAUCAUUAAAACAAAUAGAAAUUGAAGGCUUUGACAAAUAAAUAGGAAAAAAGUGCUGAGGAUAAUGAAGCCAUUUUAAAGAUGACAAGAGAGUAACAAAAUUUCAAAUAUACAAUAACAAAAGAGAGAGAGAAGAUUCAAUUUUAAUAUGGAGUUGCUUCAAGAGUUUUAAUUCUUAUCUAAGCCUAUAUUAAAUUGAAGGAUCAACAUGAUAAUCAACAUGAAUUGUAAAGACAUAGAGAUUACAUACUCUAAAAGAUUGAAAAGAUUAAGAAGACAGAGGAAAAGCAUACAAAGAAGAUUGAAAGACAUUUCAAUAGAAUAGUGGUUGAAGAUCCUGAUGCUCCUGAAGAAAUGUAAGUAGAAGAGGAUCAAAGUGAAGGAGAGUAAGAUGAUGAAGGGAAUAAUACUGCAAGAGAAGAUUUAUUAAGUAAAUUAUCUUAUUUAUACUUUUAGAGUUGUGUGAUAGUUUGAUCUCAUACCUCACAAAAUAUGAGAAAAAGGAAGGAGUAAUAUUAUAAUUUUUAAUUUUAGGAUUAAUUUUUAUAACAUGGUUUAACAACUUUCUAAUAUUUUGAUCAAAUUAAAGUGGCUGCUCCAUUUUAUUCUAAUCAAAUUGAUUUGGCUAUUGAUUUGAUUAAAGCCAAAAGAUCUUUCUAUGAGAAUGCUCCUGAUAGUGAAUUUGUUAAAAAAGAAGUCCAAAAAGUAGUUAUCCAAUAGGAGUAGAAAGUGGAUGUUACAAACGAGUAGGAAUUUCCUAAAUUAUCAUGAGAUUAUAUUAUAAUCAUAUUAAAAAUCAUAUAAUCAGAC